UGCUCUAUGUCCACAUCGCAGCAGCCAAGAUGGUGGCAUUCCUCAUCACCACACAGUGCACUUAGUUUCAACACAAGCACCUUGCAUUCAUUGCAGCAAGAAAAAGAGACCUCCCUUACAUCGUCAGGGCCGGUCAAAAGAGAGCAAAAGCAAGAUGCACCCUGGGGAAACAACAGUUUUUUCAGUUGGCAGAUUUCAUGUCACUCAUAUUGAGAAAAAAAUCAACCAAUCCCAGGAGGAAUCUUUUCAUGAGAAGAUGCCGGACGUAGCUGAUACAGACCAGGAGACUUAUAGCAAUGAGAAACUUCAAUGGACUGGGUCACAGAAUGGAAUUGUUCAUACAAACGGAGUACAGGAAAGAAAAUUAGUUCAGCCAGAUUCUGAAAGACCACCAAAGGAGACUACUGCAGAUGACUUAAUUCAAUCAGAGUCUCGUUUAAAUAUAACAGCCAAUGCAAAUAUAGCCAUAAAUGAAACAGAGGGAGGAUACCCUAAGACACGUUCUUCACAAGAAGCAAUAAACUCUGCUGUUAGUUAUGCAACUGAGACUAACUCCACUUCAGGACCCAAAGACCUUUCAUCACAAGAGCUAGAGGAGGAUAAAAAAGCUGAAAAGGUCCUACCAACUGCAUGCUCCUUAGCAUAAGUUGCCAAGGAGAGAGAUUCACAUGGGAUGGACUUCAGGUUUUCAGGGAUGAAGUUGCUGCAUCAAAGCAGACUAAUCCUAACUGGAAAAGCUACUCUCUACUUGGUAUGGUCAUACCACAAAAAGGAUAUGCUACUAUCAUUAGUAAGGCUGGCAAAUUCCAUAUUCCAAUCAUUCUCCAUGCAAAAGCAGAACAAUACUCACAUACAUAGGAGCAUAUUGUAGAGUAAACAAACAUUAGUGGAAAUCCAAGCCCCUCUGUACCCUUGAAAACUUUGCUAAAGCCAAUCUUUUAUUAAUAUGUUUCUUUUAAGAGAACAGGAUGUAUAAGAAUGCCUCCACUGAUAAGAAUUCUACUCUUCACCAUACUAGAGCUCAGUAUGAGGGACUUGCAAUAAGCCCAACCUCAUAAACUGAAGCUUCUAGCAUUAACAAUAGAAAAAGCAACUAACAAAUUAUUCUAGCUCAUGGUAGUUGGCAUUCAUCUCUCGCACAAAUGUUUCCCUAGCAGCUCUGGGUGGCAUCUGAAGCAGCAUGGUCUUGUUUCUUUCAAAAGGCAAACCAUACCCUUCAGAUCCCAAGAGCCAUGUAGGGGAAAUGAAUAUGAUAAAAAGGUUCUGGGUUCUUUGCAUAUAUAUUGACUCAGAUAAGACAUAGCUAAAUUAUUUAGAUUUGUGCCCAUUUUAACUUUGAAGCACACUGCCUCUGGGGUCUUUAUUAAAGUGGUAUUUGACUUGUAAAUGCUGUAUACCUAGGACCAAUGGAGUUAUAUCUCACAUUGCCAAGCAUUGAACAAAUCUUGCUACUGGGGAACUGCAUUUUUUCAUUGUGGUGUUCAGUGCAAACGGUCUGAACAUGUACACAUGACAGAUAGCUUUGCUCAGUAAAAAACCUUGAAGGUUCACAUUAAAAUUCUGGAUAGAAUUUUCUUUCUGGGAACAAAGACUUGAAUCUGAAUUUUAGGAUCAACUAAAUCUUUUAGAACUUUCCUAUCAUGCUCUUCUGUAAAUGUUAAUUAAAAAGUCAUGAUAUAAAUCCUACUUCAUUUGUGAAAUCAAAAUUAUACUAACACAUUUAAUUGCAGUAAAUAUGGAAAAAUAUAAUGGUUCAACAUCUAUUGCUUUUCAAAAACAGAACACACAAACUGCUGCUCUGAAGAAAGCAGUAAAAGAAUGAAAAAAAAGAAUGAGGAUAGAAAAAAAUGGACAGAUGGCUAUAAAAUAAAUUUGUUGGAAUUUAAUCUACGAGACUCUCCUGCCAUCUUGGGAAGCUCCUGGGCCCAAUGCAGAUUUUCUCACUAGGUUGCAAAUUCAGUUUAAAAACAGUUGUUGACCGAUAGAUGGGUGUGCUAUUCUGAUUCAUCUGCCAAGCACUAACACUGUAACUGUCCACUGCUCCUGCCUCUAGGUCAGCAAUUCAAAGUUGCUUGCUUUGGAAAAGGAAACAACACAGAAGGAUUUGCCUUUCUCAAGAAUCAUAUACUGUAUGUAGUCUUUAAAUAGCAUACUUUCUGAAUAAACCAUUUAGCAACUGAGAAGGCACAAUUUUCUGUAGGGCUAAACAAUAUGGGAGUGCACAGUGUGGCGCAAGGUGGCCAAUAGGAGCUGAGCAGAAGCAGCCUCUGCUGGCAUUAUUACCUCAGUCACCACUUCUGAGGUAUCACAAAUUAUGCAUACAGCAACACUUGUGUUUGGAGAAGGUGGGAAACACUUCCGGGUCAGCUCAGCUUAAUAUAAAAUUAAACACAUCGCUACAGACUACAGAUGAAUUAAAAUAAAGCAUCUUGAGGUCAUUUUAAGGAACAGCAAUUCUUAGGGAGAAUUGUUAGGGAGAUCUGUGAGUGAGUGUUACAUUCACAAGUUAAGGGAAUUAUUUUCUCCGAAAUUAUUUUCUUCAUUUAAUAAACUCACCACGAUAGAACUGUGCACCCAUUGGUCUUUUUCAAGUAUGACAACUAUUUACAGAAAAAAUAGCACAAUUUUUAAUGGAAAUCUGGAAUCUGAGUAUAUUGUAUAAAUUGGGGGGGGGGACGGACACAAGCAAGCCCUCUCAUCUAGUAGUUACACAUUUUGAACCUGAAAUGAGGCUACCAUCUCUUCAACAGACCACCAGUCUGUUGCAUCUGGAUACAUUUUAUUAUUAUUUAGACCAAUUUGGAAAGGGCAGUUGGGUUCAUACAUUUUACAAACCUCAUUCAAAGCACAUGAAACAAUUUUAGGCCACCUGUAGCUUCUUCUGGGGUUACUCAGGUGUUCUGGAGGCAAUCUGAAGUCUCUCCACAAUACUAUUACACUAGUACAAUAAAGGUUGUUCAUAUGAUUAUAAAAACAAUUUUACAAAUCUUUAUUUCUGAAGAAAAUAUUUUAAAGAAACAUUUUAUUGAUUUACACAAGCAAGGUUACAAACAUUUCCCCUCCCCCCCCAUAUCUAGAAAAUUUAGCUAGGAUUAGAAAUACGUAAUGCGCACUUGCUGUACAACUAUACCAAAACCAAAAACUGGACAUUCUAAUGCAAAAAAGCAGCUAGUGAAAAAUGAAAGUAUUACCUGUAAUUAUAUAUAAUUAUA